ACGACUGCCGUUUGGCCAGCCCUAAAUAUUUGCCACGGCAAACCUGACAAUCCUACAGUUCAAGAAGUGCCCUGCGAUAAUUGUCACACUGAGCAUUUAAGCAGCAUAGAAAAGCUAACAGAAAACCCGUCCGGCCGGAAGUCAAAUGUAGAUUCGAAAAACUAUUCAAGCGUUAAGUGCUCUGCAGACCAUGUUCAAGGACACCGCCACCGCAUCGACCGGCGGAUUCGCGCGGGAAGUGGGUGACGCCCCCUCGACUCCCGGCGCCUACCCUCCGCCCAUCCCUGGCGCCACGCCCCCCCUCGUCGGCCGCACGCUGGACCGCCGCCUAAACCCCAACGCACCCGAGUUUGUGCCCGACUUCAAGGCCAGCCAGGUGGCCAAAAAGCUUUUCAAUGAGUUGUCUUCGUACACCCGGUGGAGCACGGCCUCCUCGGAGGACAUUUCCUACGGACCGCGUUACGAGUCCAUCUGGCGUGAGGCCAGCCUGAAGCAGCAGCAUCAGCAGCACCAGCAGCAUCUGCCCAAUCCGGGGCAAUUACAAUUCAAUUACGACCUGUAUCCUGGCGAGGAGGACGUCGGCGAACUGGAGUUUGACGAGGUCCAGGCCAUGAAUAUCGGAGCCGAGUCCUAUGAUCCCAAGCUGCGAAGCACAGCAGUCAGCCAGGCAAUGGUGGUUCCCGAAACUGUGGGCGAUGUGGAGGAACCUUUGGAUGAGGAGAAGAGGAAUGGUUUUCAGAAUCGCCACUCCGCCAGACCGACCAGAAGGUGCUGUCAGCUCAUGUAGGCCCAAAAAAUGGCGAAUUUUAUU